AACGUGACUUUUUUAGAAAAUUGACCGAUGAUCUGAAUUCUCGCGGAAGGCGAAAUGAUUGCAAGAUAGAAAAUGAUCUCUUUGACGGAUGUGCUUUUUAUACCGGCUUUGCCGCAAGGAUAAAAGAAUAUAUUGCUGCUCAACGGAGGAAUGACGACCCAAGAAGUGUAUUUACCAUGGGUGACAGUUUUCCGUAA